AUGAUAACAAUAGGAUAUGGGGAUGUUUAUCCAAUAAAUGUAUAUGAAAUGAUAUAUGUGAUAGUGAUGGCUAUUUUUUCUUGCGGUGUUUUUGGAUAUUGUGUUAAUACUAUUGGCUCAAUUUUUACAGAAAUUUAAUAAAAGUCAAAAUAAUUUCAAAAAAAGUUAUAUGACAUAUCAACUUACAUGAAUAUAAAAUCUAUUAAAAAAGAUACUUAAAUAAAAAUACUGAAGCAAUUAGAGUACUUGGAGGACUAGAGGGAUGAGAUUUUGCUAAAAGGAGAGUUGAUUUUAAAACAGUGCUCGGUAGAAUUAAGAGAAGAACUAAUUUAGCAGUAUUUUGGUAAAAUUUUAAACAACAUCCCAAUUUUAAAAGAAAAUUUUACUACUCAACUCAUUGACAAAGUAAGUCUAAGAAUGAAGGAAAAAAUACUAAGUCCUGGAGAAUUGUUCAUAAUACAAGGAUAGACAGUUGAUAACUUAUGUAUUAUAACUCAAGGAAUCGUAGAGUAUUCAACGGUUGAUAGAGAAUGUUAAAGGGCGUUAUUAUAAAUAUCAAAAGACAUCAAGCUAAUAGGUUUCCAAUAAUUUUUAACAAGAUAAACCUCAGAAGUAUCUAUUUAAGCUAAAACAGCAACAACUUUGGCAUUUAUUUCUUAUGAAGAGUUUUAAAGCAUAAUCAAAUAAAUUGAUUUGGAUUAUGAAAAGUUUUGCAUGGUCAGGGAUUAGUUUAAGAACGAUAAAAGAUAUUAUAUUAAAUGCUGCAGCUGUGGAUAAUAUGGACACGAUUUAAAUUUAUGUGGUUAGCUUCAUUAUGUUGUUAACAGGUCUACAUUUAGCAGGAGAAUAUUUCAUAAUUAGAUCUAAGAAAAAAGAAUGUCUCAAUUCAGAAAAAUAUCUUAAAAAUAUAAUACUUUGGGUUAUAAUCAAUAAGUAAAAUUAGACUUUAAAUUAUAUAGAUGGACUGCAGUAUAGGAAAUCUAUAAAGACUAUAAAGAUAUAAAUAUAUUGUAUGAGAUAUAGUAUCAAGAAAAAGAUAGGGAUUUUUUUAGAAGAUGUCCUAAAAUCAAAUAAAAGAAGCUAAAAUUUUUAAGAAAACAAUCUUUCUAUGAUAAAUAAGCAGUUCUUAGCUAGUAAAAAUCACUUAAUUAAGUUAAUUUAGGUGAAUAAUCAGAGCAUUAUAAUUUUGAUACUUAAAUAAAUAUUAAUGAUGAAGAUGAUGAAUAAUAGUAAGAAAAUUCAUCAUCUUCUUUUGAAUCUUCGUCAUUAUCUUCUUCAUCUAGUUCUGAAGAAUCCAAAAUAGCAAGGCUGCUUAAUGAUGAUUAGAAAGAAGUUAGUUAGUAUCUUAGAUAGUAGCAAAAUCAGUCUCAAGACUUUGAUAAAUCGAUUUAUUCUGUAAGUAUUAGCUCUUAAAAAAAUAUUUAAUAGUAAAAUGGUGAUGUGUAAUAACAAUUUGAAACAUUCGAUGAAAUCAAAGAUUAGUAAUUAACUUCUUAAAAAGUAAAUAAUGAAAUUGAAGAUGAGAAAAAAUUGGAUUUUUAAGAUUAAAAGUAUAAUUAAUAAGCUAAAUUGAAUAUACAAUAACCACAAUAGUAAUAGAAUUCAGAAUAAAGUAAUAUAUAAAGCGAUUUAAUAAUAUAAUAUUAAGGGCAAUUUCUGUAAGAUUUUAAUUCUUAAUCUGGAACAAAGCCUUAGUUGGUAAGGAAUCUUUCAAUUAACAGCUAAAGCAGCAAAAAUAAGUCUUAAAAUUUAGUUUUUUAAAACAGAAUGUAAAGUAACAGUCUUGCAAGUAACAAUAACUCAAGCAAUUAAACUGAAAAGAGGCAUUAAAGUGUAAAUUUAAAUCUAACUGAUGAGGAAUAAUCUUAAGCUAAAACAUCUAAACUUGGAGUAUCAGAUAUUUAACAGAAUUCUAAUCCUAGUAAGAAAACAGAAAAGAAUAAUGAAAAGCAAUCAAUAAUAUCUUUUAUUGAAUAAAAUUAAAAAAGAAAUAAAAAAGUAGUAUAAUAAGCACAACAAAUUUAAAUACUUCAAUAGUAAUAAGAGUAACAAACAUUCACAGUUUUAAUUGAAAAUUUAUUUGAAUAAUUUAAAAAAUCAAUAGCUCCAAAUAAAUUAUAAAAUAAUACUUUUUAAUAUCUAUCUCCAAAUAUAAAUUUGUAGCAGCAAUAAUAAAAUUAAAGGUCUUAAACAUAAAUUAAGAGAUCGAACAAAGAUCUUUUAUAUAGUAAUUCGAUAAGCAGUAAAGAAGAAUCAGGGAUGAUAUAAUAAUAAUAAAAUGAUACUAAUACAAUAACAAUAGGAUCUGAAAAUAAAAUAAAAAUAGAAAACAUAGCAGUCCCCUAAAAUACUUAGUCUAUUUAAAAUACUAUGACAAACAAUAACUACAAAGCUGAUCAAAACCAUAUUUUUGGCAAAUUACAAUUUAAAUUUGACAAGCCAAAAGAAUUUCAAAUAUAUUAUCCUCAAUUUAAUUUGCAAAGUAUAAUAAAAAGCUAUAAAAAAAUGAAAUACUAAUUAAACUAAAGAAUAAAACCUAAAAAAUUAAAAUUUUUUACUGGAACACAAUAACAAAUAAGUCAAUCUCCAACUAUGUUCAAAAAGCAAUAAAGGCCAUUUUAAUCAUCAGUAUUUAAGAUUAAUGAUUUGAAAGGAUAGUUAACUCACUAAGAUGUUGAUAUGACAUUUAGUUAUUAGUGA